AUGUCACCCACCCGCAACAAGUGCGUCCUAACCGCCAUCUGAGCGCGUUCUUGUCCACCCUAACCUGGUGCCUCUCACGGCCGCAUUCGCACCGCGAUGAACUACGCCGCAGCCGCCACUAACGCCCCCGCGGCGGCGCCCGCGGCAGCGCCGGCGUCGGGCACAGAACACGCCCACUACCCGUAUUACGCUGGCUAUUCUUAUCCCUACGGCGCCUAUCACCAACCUGCCCCGCCCACGUACUCCUCCGCCGUGGCCGCCGCCUCGUCAUCCUACUACUACCCCGUCCCUGCCGCCGCGUCGUCCACCGCCGCGCAGUACGACCCCUAUUCGGGUUACCAGCACUACAGUCACCCGGAGGGAGGAGGCUCGGCGGGGGCUGGCCUGGUGGGCUGCUACAGCACCGUCGGCGAGGCGUUGCAGCAGGCCGCGGUAGCAUCGACGACGCAGGCUGCUCUGGAGGCGACCACAAAGGAGGCGGGGAAGCAAUUCGGUUUCGAUCCCCAGAGCUACGCUCAGGCAGCAGUUGCCAGAGCCUCCAAUGGAAUUACACAACCAGCUGCAGCCCCAGGCUUGCACCAUGCCCAGUGGAAUGCUCAUUUUGGGUAUCCUGUGCCGAAAUAUGUCUUGAGGAAACAAAUGAAGAAAAAGCCGAAGACUGUGCAACCAGCGCCAUGUGAGGUGUGCAAGAUUCAGUGUGAUACACUAGAAGUUCUCCUGAUCCAUAAGCAGGGAAAGAAGCACAAGAAAAAUUUGGAGAAAUUACAAGACUCAAUCACCCGUAAACCAAUUAUAAAGCCCCCAAGCAAUGUCAUCGGUCCAAGUAUGCCACCUGUUGCUGUAUCCAACUGUGUGGUGCCCUCUGUACAGCCGAAGAAGAAGAGCAGCUCAGCAGCAACCCGGGAAGAUCUGGAGGUGAAGAAGAGGCGAGUCCUUGAGGCUGGAGCAGCGCAGGGCGAAGUAAAAAUCUGCCAAGUGUGCAAUGUUGUAGUGAACAGCCAAAAAGUGUACGAGUUCCAUAUUGCGGGGCAGAAGCACCAGGCCUUGGUACGUAAGCAGCAACCGCUACGUUUUGUCACAUGAUGCAGAGCCAUUUUGCUCGUCGUCUUUCGUCUGGCCUCAUGCUUGUCCGGAAGUUCCUCUGGAACGAGAACUCACAACAUUCGUAUCUUCAACUUUGUUAGCACAUUUCCUCGUUUAGUGCUCGUGCUCCUGUACUACUGGUAGCGUGCCAAAAGGUUAACAGGUUUUCAUUGGACUUUUGCCUGCUGGUCAUAAUUCUGAGUGCUGAAACUGAAGACUAUAUUGUAUGUCGCAAGUUCUUUAUCAGCAUGGUUUGGUUGUAUCUAGUAAAAAAUCAUGGUUGGAUUGUAGAUCGUCAAAGUUUGCUGUUGCUAUAAAGCACUCCUUCCAUUCUAAAUU